GUUCCCCGCCUUUUGAGAACGGUACCUUCACAACAACAGUACACUUGAAGUGUCAGUUUGACGUUAUAAAGCGUCUUUUUCAGUGGACAUGUAGCUCAAGUAAAAGUACUGAGGGAUAUUUAUUCUUUGAGCCAACCAGCUGGCAGCCAUGUUGCUGCCAUCCGACGUCGCUCGUCUUGUUCUGGGCUAUCUUCAGGAAGAAGGUCUGUUCGCUACAAGCAAAGCAUUCGUUCAGGAGAGCCCAAACCUGAAAGAAUAUGCAGAACACACCAUGGGAGACGGAGCCCUCCCUGCCUGUGUUUUUUCUGUUUUUGGGAAGGGACUAACAACCAUCCUAAAUGAGUAUAUCGCUGCCAAAACAAAAGAGACUUGCCAUGAAGUGCCUGCUGUAAUGACAUCGUUGUGGAAAAAGCUGGAUUUUACACUCAAACAAAUCAAGUCCUUCCAGAGUACUCCAGCUGUUUCAGCAAGUCAGAGAGCACGUUCACGUGUUGGACUGGCAAACGUGGCAGGACAACGGGUUUUGACCGUGACUUCAGCGAGCAGUCUCGUAUGCUCCUCUGAAACAACCCUCAUCGGCAGCCCUGCACUCAGCUCACAGAGUAUGCUCGGUCACUCCACUCCCGUGAGCUACAGUGCCCCACAAAUCAGAGCACCUCCAGGCAAUGCAACACCUCAGCAGUUCCAUGAUGUCAGCCGAUCACUGAAUAUACAGAAUUCCCCUAUACAGAUAAUAGUUUCAGAACAGCGACCAAAUCCGGGGCCAAUGUCACCAGGGCGACGGAAAUGGGACACGCCCAGGAAAAGGAGCGGUGCUGUGGGAGGCUCCAAUGGUCCUGGCAAGUCCAGCACGCCUGCCAAUAAUGUCACUGCUGAAGCACAACCUGUGGAAGAAGUGGAUGAGAAUUUUCCUCAAUUAGUGAUACAAAAUGCUCGUGACAAAAUAUUGGGGGACAGAUCGUUACAGGAAAAGCUUGCUGAAAACAUCAACAAAAUUCUUGCAAAUGAACCAACUCCCCAAACACCAAAGGCCCCAUCAAAUUCAAUAGAAGACGACCAGUCAAUUGAUGAGAUUCUCGGAUUACAGGGAGAAAUACAUAUGAGUGAUGAUGCAAUCCAUGACAUUUUGGAGCAAACAGAAUCUGACCCUGCCUUUCAUGCCCUGUUUGACCUCUUUGACUAUAAAACCCGAACUGAUGGAGAACCAGGAGAUAUAGAUAUGGACAAUACAACAAGGCAGAGUGAUACUGCCGAACCACCACCAUCUACAGUCGGGCAGCUUCAGAGUAACAAUGAUCCAGGUACCACACUGCAAGACACAUCAGAUUUAACAGCAGUCACAUUGAAGAACAAAGUUGUACAAGAACGCAAGACCAGAAAAUCAAACUCACUGUUGAAGAAGACUGUACUCGGGACAAGUAGCAGAUCAUCCCAGAUGGAAAACAGCUCUGCUAAACUGCUGAUUACAGUUGAGGAGCCUCCUGAUGAAAAUGGAAAGGAAAAAACCUCACUGUUCAAUAAUAGUGUUGAUGCAUCACCAGUGGAUAUUGACAACACAGUGGAUACUUCAGCUAUUUUAGAGAAUACAGUCACUCUCGGGAAUCUGGAGUGUGUCACUAAGGACAAUUUACCCACCACAAUGCCCCUCAUUGACUCAGCAGCUGUCCUUUUAUCAAGAGACACUGCUACAGCGGAACCAGUCGUUAAUGUGGACAAUAAAAAGGAAAGUAAACAAGAACAAGGAUCUCCAGAUCAAUCUGCUAUAUAUUUGCUAUCCUCGCAGAGUAAUCAGUCUUUACCUUUGUCUCCUGCACAAGUUCAUUUGAGUGGAAACCCCUCUCUUUCUUCAGUUGCAGCCAGUGCUGGAACAACUCAGCCUCAGAUGAAUCUCACCUCAACACCUCAGUCUUUCCCUACCUCAUUUUCUUCUGCUGAUUCCACUGUUGCUAUCACCACUGCAACAAAUGCAGUAACAGCUUGUUCCCGUCUGUCCUCCUCUAACAGAACAUUUCAUAAAGGUUUGCUUGAUUCAUCCACAUUUAGUUCUGCAACAUCCUCCAACUCUGGCAUGAUAGGCGCUGCUGAAUCUUGUUCUUUGACUAGCAAUGAUACCAACCCAAGUAAAGCUGUGACGGAUUCCAAUAACAUAGUUUCUUUGAAAAUUAUCAUCAGUGAUAACCCAGAUGAGAAUUCCGCAAGUGACAAAGCUUUGAGUCAGGCAAUUUCCAGUAUUUCUACAGAAAAGGUACCCACAAUCUACCUUUCCUCCCCUGCCAAGUCCCCCAGAGGAUCUGGAACACCAAGAGGCACUAACUUGGAUGAAACGGCACUGGCAGUUUGUGGGUUACAAAGCUCAGAUGCACUAGCUAAUUCGCCUAGUAGAACUGGAGCAGUAGUUCCAUCUCAUCCGUUACCAACAACGACACAAACACAGCAAAGCUACAUUAUUCAACUACCCUUGGACACUGCUAACCCUCCGCUCCAAGGAGGAACUACCAGCUAUUUCCUCAUGACAGAACCCCUGACAGCAGAAACUUCAGGAAGACAGGUACAAGUGCCUACUGGUUCCUCAAAAGCACCACUUUUGCCUAAAAACAACCAUUAUAGUGUUACCACAGCAACACCUGUACAAAGCUUUGUUACUGGGUCAACACUCAUCUUACCAUCACCCAUUAAGCCCAUGAUGUUUCCUGUGUCUGUUAUGGGACAGAAUGCAACCGGAAAUGUCCAGAUGGUGGCUAAUCAGUUUGUUGGAAUACCAAACCCGGUGCCAAUGCAGCAGACUUUAACAGUCGAUCCCAAACUUGCCACAGUUGCAGUCAAACAGUCCACAACUGGUGGAAUUAUUCACAAUGAGGUGACACAGGACAUGCAGAAAGCAAUUCAGCAGCAUGAACCAAAGGAUUCCAGUUCCAACCAUAAGAGAAUGUUACGUUUUGAGUCAUCUACCAAAGUCAACCAACCUUCUAAACCAGCAGCAUCUGUCACCUCUUCAGCUGCGAAUACAUCAACUUCACAAAGUGUCACACAAACUAAGAAAGGUCGUUCACACACGGCCCCCUUUGCAAGGCCUGCUACAAGGCCUGCUAUCCUAAGUGGCAAUAAGCCUAAACGGAAGGUCGAGACUGUGAAGUGUUCAGCAGAUCCCAAAGCUGGUGGGACUUUGGUUAAGUCUGCUUCUCCUCAUCAACAACAAAACCAAGUAAAAAAGAACUCUGGCAAACAAGAUAAUAACAUCUGCAGUCAAAAACUUCAAACUGCAAUUGGGAGCAGGAUCCAUGUGUCUCAGUCUGAGUCUGUAGAAAGCUCAGAACCAGGAACUAAAUUUGAAUCUACAGCGGGGGGAAACAUUCACAAUAAGGAUGUGAUAAGUAAUGGAGCCAAAGCGAAGGAUUGUGGUAGCUCAAAGUCGGUGUCGUCCGACUCUGUGCUAAAAGCAGUUAGCAUUAAAGAUAAAGGUGAGAGCAGUAGGAAAGAGCCGUUUGAAGAAGAGACAGAGAAGAACAUGCAUACUCAGCGCAAACCAAAUGUGGUAGCUGACAAAGAAAACAAAGUGAUGUGUUGCUCACAAGAGCAGCAGCAGUCCUCUCACACACCUUUCUCCUCAGCACCAGCAGACUUAGCCCUUCCAGAUGUCACACACACACCAAGUUCCCAAUCCAAAACUGCCAAAAUUCCCUCAAAGACCAACUCUUUGGGCAUACAGGGAACUGAGAUGCUGCAGAACAUUCAGGGGCUCAAGUCUCCUCCCAGACCUGCUAAGAGAUUAGGACUAAACAGCCCAGACCUUACUGGUCCUCGAACCCCAGGGACUGGUGGUAACCAGGAAUACUCUAUGAAUAGUCCAAGGACUCCUCUGCAACAGAAGAGGAGUAAAGAUGCGGAAGGAACACCUAAGAAUCUUCUUCCCCACAACACCCCAGAUGUACCCACCUGCAGCCCCGUCAGUGAAGCUGGGAGCGAAAACAGCAUCAAUAUGGCCGCUCACACGCUAAUGAUCCUGUCGCGUGCUGCCAUUGCCAGGACCGGCACUCCACUCAAGGACAGUUUACGUCAGGAAGCGGGCGAAAAGUCUCCUAUAAGCUUGAAGAAUUCAAAGAAGCGCAAGCAGGCCCCAUCCACUGCCAGCCCUCCUCCUAAGAAGUCUUUGAAACAAUCCCCCACUAAAAAGAAAAAACGGCAAAGCAAAACAAUUAUAAAUUGCUUUCCCCAAGACAUGGAUGUGGAUAAGUUCCUUUCUUCACUUCACUACGAUGAAUGAAAGUGGACUAACCAACAGGAAAGGGCUGCUACUUGAAUUAAGUCCAGAAGUAGAACAAGGCAUCUGCUGAACCAGUGCCCAUUGUUCCUUUUCAUAAGCCUUCAGCCUUAGACCUUGUAAACUGAAAUAAAUGUUUGGCCUGUUUAGACUUAAUUUGACUAAUGUUGGUGGCUGUUGCAGAAGUUGAGCCAACACGGCACUUUUUUUUUUCCAUCCUCACACUUGUUUCUGGUUAUAAUGCUGUUUCACAGCAAUAGUUGGAUUUGUUUGAAUUUGUACUUAAAAAGUGCAUUUUCUCAAGGGUGGUUGGUCAAUAUUUGACUCUGGUUAGAGUAAACCACCUAACAGUUAAACAUGUUGGCUUGUAAAAAAAAAUUUUGUAACAUGCGUCUUCCAAUAAAUGUGUGAUAUGUUUGAAUAUAACUUUUGAUUUGGUUAUGUUAAGAAAUGUAAUCUAAAUAAGAAAUGUGAAUUGAAAAUAUUUUAAGAAGAAACAUGAAUGUGACACUUGGGAGCAAAAGUACAGUAUUUCUUAAGCCUGGAACACUAAAUGAUUGUAUUUUUGUGGCGCAAUAAAAUGGCAUUGCUUCCUGAA